UCAUCUGCUCAUCCUGUUGGUAAAAACAGAAUCAAUCAAAACUUGGAAAGUGAAAAUCGCCUCUUUGUCUCGGCCCCUCUCCGCUCUCUAUUGGAUAAAGGGAUCGGGAGCCCACCACCACAACCUCCUCCUCCACUCCUCUUUCGUUCCUGGAAAGCUCCACUCUCACCCCUCACUAUCUUCCUCUUCUCUUUUCUCUUUUUUUUUUAUCCUUUCUCUCUUUGGGGGGCUGUUGAGAGUUGGUGGACUUUUCCUUUUCUUCAGCAUCUCGUUUCCUUCCGCUUUUUAUGAGUGAGGGUCGGCGGUGAGGAAGCUUCGAGAGGAAGAGGGGCGAGCGAGAAGAGCGACUUUUGACCAGGUGUGCCGACCAAACAGCCGAAAAUACAGCAUGUCUACCCCAGUCUCUCCAUCUCCCUCUCUCUCUCCGCUGGCCCUGUCCUCCCCAUCUCCCUCCUCCUCUCCUCUUCCCUCGCCCCUCUCUCCUCCACCCAGGCUGCCAGUGUUCCAGAGGAAAGGAGCCCUAAAGCACAAGAGGAUUGUAGAAGUAAAGGACCAUCAGUUCACAGCUCGAUUCUUCAAACAGCCCACCUUCUGCAGCCACUGCACCGACUUCAUCUGGGGUAUAGGAAAGCAGGGAUUUCAAUGCCAAGUUUGCAGUUUUGUGGUGCACAAACGCUGUCAUGAGUUUGUGACUUUCACAUGUCCUGGAGCCAUCACUGGACCUAAAGCAGAGGACCUGAAGAGUAAACACAAGUUUAAGAUACACACCUACUCCAGCCCGACCUUCUGUGAUCACUGUGGCUCUCUGCUGUACGGCCUCAUUCACCAGGGCAUGAAAUGCUCCAGUUGUGACAUGAACGUUCACAAGCGAUGUGAGAACAGCGUACCCAGCCUGUGCGGACACGACCACACCGAGAAAAGAGGGCGAAUUCACCUGAGUGUGCGCGGAGAGAAGGAGGAUAUAUAUGUCACAGUGUUUGAGGCACGUAACCUGAUCCCAAUGGACCCUAACGGCCUGUCCGACCCCUACGUGAAGCUCAAGCUCAUCCCAGACCCAAAGAGCCACAGCAAACAGAAAACCAAAACCAUCCGCUCCACUCUGAACCCCGUGUGGAACGAGAGCUUCACUUUUUCAGUGCGUGGCAGGCAGUGGGACAGGCGUUUGUCCAUAGAAGUGUGGGACUGGGACCGUACGUCUCGGAACGACUUCAUGGGCGCUCUGUCAUUCGGAGUGAGUGAGAUUUUUCGUCGACCCGUCAGUGGCUGGUUCAAACUGCUCAACCAGGACGAGGGAGAGUACUACAAUAUACCUGUACCCGACCCAGACCUGCAGGAGCCAGACUCCACUGUGUCUCCCUCUCUUUCUCCUGUUCCUGCUACCGUGGCAACACCUGUGCCUAACGUGAGCCCACCCGUGCUGAGCCCUGCACCCACCAGCGUACCAGCAGGGAAAAGCCGAGUCGGACUGCAUGACUUCAACUUCCUUAUGGUGCUGGGAAAGGGCAGCUUUGGCAAGGUGAUGCUGGCGGAGGAGAGGGGGGGCGAGCAGCUCUUUGCGGUGAAGGUGCUGAAGAAGGACGUCCUGUUUCAGGAUGAGGACACAGAAAGUGCGAUGGUGGAGAGAAGAGUAUUAGGGCUAAGCGGCCGCCCGCACUUCCUCACCUCACUCUACUGCGCCUUCCAGACCGAGGAUCGGCUGUACUACGUGAUGGAGUAUGUGAAUGGUGGGGAUCUGAUGUUUCAUAUUCAGAUUGUUGGAAAAUUCAAAGAGCCCCAUGCAGCGUUCUAUGCAGCAGAGAUAGCAGUGGGGCUCUUCUUCCUGCACAGCAAAGGCAUCAUCUACAGAGAUCUGAAGCUGGAUAACGUGCUGUUGGACAGUGAGGGCCAUAUAAAGAUAGCUGACUUUGGGAUGUGUAGAGAAGGCAUGAUGGAGGGAGACACCACACGGACGUUCUGCGGCACUCCUGACUACAUCGCUCCUGAGAUUGUAGCAUAUCAGCCGUACGGUAAAGCUGUAGACUGGUGGUCGUAUGGGGUUCUGCUCUAUGAGAUGCUGGCUGGCCAGCCUCCGUUUGAUGGGAUCGAUGAGGAGGAGCUGUUCCAGUCCAUUAUGGAGCAAAGCGUCUCUUAUCCCAAGAGUCUGUCCCGGGAGGCUGUCGCCAUUUGCAAGGGGCUCCUGACUAAGAACCCGGGGAAGCGCUUGGGAGGAGGAGAGGAUGCAGAGAGAGAGAUCCGGGAGCAUCCUUUUUUCCGCUGGAUCGACUGGGACAGGCUGGAGAGACUGGAGAUUCAGCCACCCUUCAAACCUAGAGCCGGAGGAAGAAAAGGAGAAAAUUUUGACAAGUUCUUCACAUCUGCUUCCUCUGCCCUCACGCCUUCUGACCCAGAUGUACUCGCAGCCAUCGAUCAGGAAGAUUUCCAGGGUUUUACCUACAUUAACCUUGAUUUCCCUGCCACCCCUCUCACCGCUGUCUGAGAUCAUCAUCUUAGCCCUACCUACAACCUUAAAACACACUUCAUUAAUCAGGAACUAGUUGUUUUCCAAUGAAUUGAUAUUAAUGAAAGUAGUUAACUCAAAAACACUCUGCUGUACAGUAAAAUCACCAGUGUAAGCCGCUAGCAGUCGAGAGAAUCAAGUAUUUUCCAGAAAAACAUCAGCAGUAUAUAUAUAAUAUAGUGCAUUUCUAAACAUUAUAUCUAAGCAUAUCCGAAUUUCUUUCCAAGAAAACUUUGAAAUGCAGAGUAUCAGAGCAACUCACCCUAAUUUAGCAGAAAAGGUCAGCUGUGUGCAACACCAACAGCACAACACCGUAUAGGCCGGUAUAGGUGGUGAUAUAAUCUAUAAUAAUCAAUUUGCAUGUAACAAGUCACCUUAUGUUAGAUAUUGUACACAUGUAUUCUGUUAGUGAUUCAGUGUGCAUGCAAAUAUAUUUUUGCCUCAGCAAAAAGGGACUAAAGUUGUUUGAAGCUCAGUUUUCCUAAAAUAUCUGAUUAAAAAUGGUAUUAAUUAGUGCAUGAUGCCAUUCUUGUGUACAGUGGUCAGAAAGCCACUGGAGUAACUUCGGUAAGGUGCUGCGGUUCAGAUCAGUAGCUAAUAUUUUCGUUUUCAAUUUCAGUAGCAGCUGCUCAUGUUGUGUUACAGUACCAAUGCUGAGUAGGCCUCUUUCUUUCCCUGGACAUGAGCACGUACAUCUCUCACUUUAUUCUGGAUCGAUUUUAAUGUUACACGUAUCUGAUAGCAUUUAUUAAGUGAUUUACUAUCAUGUAAUUAUAACAAAUGUAUAGGAAGGGUAAACUUGGAUGUUAGAUAAGUUGUAAAUUACAUAUCUAGGCAAAGAUGUGUAACACUGCAUGAAAUAUUCAAAUAUAAAUGCUUAAAAAUUAUAUAUGCCUAAAAGUUGCUUUUGUUGGACACUGUUUGAAAGCCAAAGCCUGAAGUGACAGAAUUUGUUUUGCACAGUUUUUUAAACCUCUUCUGUGAAUAAACAAAUAAGCUGAGUCGUUAGACUGUUGAGCGUAAUGCUGAAGUGUUUGUGGCAUCUUAAAAGUUAUGAGACUCAGUGUGUAGGUGUGUCAUCUAAGAAGCAAAGGAAGACGUUUGAAUUGAUUUUAAAAUGUAUAAAAACUCAAGACGUAUAAAAAUGACUGUCAGUAAUAGUCAUUAUAAACACUGGUGAUUUUACUGUAUACUGUUUAAUAAAUAUUAAAGGGGACUUCCACCAGUUUGCUAAAACACUUAAACAGUUGAGAUGUAAACAGAGUCGUUCAGAGCGGUUUGGUGGGAAACGCUUUGUUCUGGAGUCAGAACUGUUCACAGUGGUGGUGAUAGGAACCAGACGUCCACCUCUAAAAGCUCCCUCACAGAGCACGCCGCUGGAUGCCUGAUAAGGUUUUGAUAAGGUUUCGUCUGAAACCUAGUUUUUUUUAAUCCAUUCAUGGUGGAGAGAUGCAUGUAGCGUAUUGUAAGGAAACAUAUUUCCCAGGCAAAAAGAUUUUUUCUCAGAUUAACCACCUUCAGGCGUCACGUAUGAAAUGACCACAUGACUUUGUUUACAUCUCAGUGAUUGAAUUUUUCAAAAAUUGGUGGAAUUCCCCUUCAACAUCUCAGCUCUCCCAGUUAUUAUACACUGAACAAUUCAUUGGAAAUAAGAGCUGAUGCCUGAUAUAAUGUUGCACUAUAAGAAACUAUAAAAUGUCUAAUUUAAUAUAUAUUUAAUAUUUUUAACAGUUAAAUUAUAAAUAGCUUAAUUUCCCCGUUUUUAGCCAGAAAUACUUAAAAAUCUUUAAUAAUACUAAAGUGCAUGUAUGAAAAAAAAAAUAUUUGCUUGAUGAUAGAUCCAAAAUAGCAUCCCAGAACAGAAAAUGUUCGACUUUACAGUUUAGCUUAAUUUUACAAAUCAUAAACAAAAGAUUUUAUUUUUAAAAAGUAAACACAGAUGCAGUAUAGUACACUAACGUAUAACGUACUUGACGACGAAUAAACUGUAAUGGUGAAAAAUGUGGCAGCACAGAACAUCGUCACAACAUUAAUGAGUUGGAAUUUAUUUCUUAUAAUUAAUUAUUAUAAUUAUCUCUAUAUUGUGAUUAUUUGGUUGUCUAGGUUUAUGGUCAUAUAUAUGUACAGUAUAUGACAUCCGGCUGCACAGCACGUCUAGUGUUCUGGUACAGCUGCAGGUCAAAUGGACUGUUUCACAUCAGAUAAGUGCUCUAAAAUUAAUUCAGCCCAUAUUUAUCACUUACUAACAACAGCAUGUUUACCAUUUUGUUCUAAUUGUGUUGUAGUAUAAUUCUGUAUGAAUAAUUAUUAUAUAUUCAUUGUAAUAUACGACCAACCGUAGUGUCAGAAAGCAACAGCCUAAGCUGUGAUUAUGCCAAAUAUUAAAUUUCUACGGUGUAUAGUAUCCCAUAAUGCCUUCUGGCCCACAUUUAAUUCCGCUGGCGUCAUCAGUAAUGCGUAAAAAUGUACGGCGUGGUCUGAACUUGAGGAUUUUAUAUGAUUAUUUAAUGUUUUUAGGGAGACUUGCAGCAGUGCAUGCUCAUCGUAUUUUAGAUUUUUCAUGCUCCUGGCACUUUUUUCACCUUUAACUGAAAUCUAACACGGUGCGGUUUUAAAUAAACAAAGGACGGUCUCUCAGUUUUGCAUAGUGUUGUAUUUGAAUGAAUUUUCUACCAUAUAUGGAUCUGCCUCAGCGCAUUGUUGCAGCUCUACUGUAGGCGGUCACUAGAGAGCGGUGGCUCAGUUUCUGACCUGGCCUGGUUUAAGGCAGAACACCUGGCCUGGAAAACUCUGAGUGUGCACAGCAUCCAGAACCACCCGCUCCCAGAGCCUAAACCUGCUUCCACCCAGCAACAGUGCAGAGAGACUCAGUGAGCACAGGUCACCUCUUACAGAGGAGAGGAGACUCGGGGAGAACAGAAGAGAGGAGUAGCCUAAACACUCAGACCGCAGACGAAACGGGAAAGAGUCUCACUUCAGUGAAAUAAGAGGUAAAAGUGCUCCCUGGUUCUCCAAGGGUUCUUUAGCAAAGACAGUGCUUGUAUUUAGCAAUGGUUCUAUGCAUGGUGAAAUGCUUCUUUAGAUUGAUGGAUAGUGUGUUGCAUAUGGUUCUAUGCAGCACCAAAAAGGGUUCUGCUGUUGUUACAAACUCAGUCAUACAUCAAUAGAAAACCCCUUUUUUGGUGGUAUGUAGACCCAUUGAUGGUUCUUCGAGAGUUCUUUAGUGCAGAAAAUGGUUCUAUAUAGAACCAUGAACACAUUCGAAUGCUUAAAGGGUUCUUAGCAUGGUGAAAUGGUUCUUAAGAUUGAUGGAUAGUGUGUUGUAUAUGGUUCUAUGUAGCACCAAAAACGGUUCUGCUAUUGUUACAACAACAUAGAACAGAAGAAUGAUUUUUAUAUAGAACCAUACACUUUUUAAAAAGAUGGUUCUUUAAGGCAGCUUUAGUACAGAAAAUAGUGCUAUGAACCAUAAACACUCAAAGACAUUUGAUUGCUUAAAGGGUUCUCUGCAUGGUGAAAUGGUUCUUUAGACUGAUGGAGAAUGUUUUGUAAAUGUUUCUGUAUAGAACCUUUUUGAGAGGGGUUCUAUGUAUCACCAAAAAGGAUUGUGCUAUUGUUACAAGCUUGACGACAGUAGAACACGCUUUAGUACUGCAUAGAACCAAUUUGCAUGCUUAAAUGGUUCUUUGCAUGUUGAAACACUUUUCAAAUUGGUGGAGAAUGUGUUGUAUAUGGUUCUGUAUAGCACCAAAAAGGGUUCUUCUAUUCUUACAAUGCCAAGCUUAUAACAGCUCUUUUUGGUGCUAUAUAGAACCAGUUUCACAAAUGUUCUUUAUAGAACCAUAAGCAACACCUUCUCCAUCAUUUUAAAAGAAACAUUUCACUUGUAGAAGAACCAUUUAAGAAUGAAAUGGCUCAAAUGUAGAACUCAUGGUUCUAAAUGGAACCAUUGCCUUUACUAUAGAACCCUUGAAGAACCAUCUUAAGUGUGAAGCAAAAAAAACAAACUGGGGUCAAAUCUGGUUUCUGGUCUAAAAACAGAGCUGAGUUCCACUGUAGAACCGCAGGGGAGCCUCUCAGUCCAUCCAGCGUCCAUCAGCGCAGACAGUGAAGUUUGUUCGACUCAGUUUUUGGUCUAAAACAAGACGCUGAGCUCCAAAGCGAGAGGACUAAGAACCCGUAAGGACUGCAGGAGCUGUACUAACACAACAGGGGAUUAGAAAGGAAAUGUUAAUGACUAAAGUGGAGCGGAGUAAGAAGUAGAUUAGGUUCCUCGCUAAUAAAGUUCAGAAGUAAGAGUACAUUUGAAAAUACUCAAAAAUCCAUCAGACCUUCACUGAGGUACAUUCAGCCGAGUAAUAAAAGAUGCACAUGGCUUCGGUUUGGGCUUAAGCAGUCUUUAGCAGCUCAAGCGUUUUAGUUUAGACCAAAAGGAGCAGAGUAGAGCUGAACAGACUCUGCUUCAUAUGCUGAUUCGGGCUAAGACGCUUUGCAGAAAGCGCAUAUAAUUGUUGAUUCCCACUGUUAACGGUGAAUUAAUCACAUCUCUGUGUUUUGAAGGUUCUGGAAGCAGCUGUGUGCUCAAGGCCAUGUCACCAGAUGGAGCAUAAAUAAUUUUUGUCCCAUUUCUCGCUGUUUGUUAAAUGUAUUUUACAUGCUAUUGUAUUUUACAUGAGUGAUUAUAAUUAUUUAAGUAUUUGCCAGUACACAGAUUUAGAGCUCUUUAUUUGACUGUCAUGAUGUAAUUAGAUAGAUAGAUAGAUAGAUAGAUAGAUAGAUAGAUAGAUAGAUAGAUAGAUAGAUGUGAUUGGGACACUUACAUUAAUUUGUACAGUAGUUUGGUAAUUGUUCGUUUGUGUUAUUCAAGGUGCGGAAUAAAGUGAAACAUACUGACUUUA